UUUUUAUUCACAAAAUGUCCUCUUCUACUUCACAAAUUCCUUCAACAAGUAUAAAACAAGAUAUUUAUGACGAUGAUUUUGAUAUUGUUGAGAAUUAUGAAACUAACAUUUUAAUGGAUUCUCAAGAAAUUGAAGAUAUUGAAAGAGAAAAGGAAGAUGAAGAAGAAGAAAAUAAUGAAGAGGAUGAAGAAUGUGGAGAAGAAGGAGAAGGGGAGGAAGAGGAAGAACAAAAAGUUGUUGGAAGAAAGACUAGAGGGAAAUAUGGAAAGAAGACGGCUAUUCAUCGAGCUGCUGAACGUUCUAUAAUGUCGGCAUUGAAAACUGAUGUGGAUAAUUUGGCUAGACAAUUUUGUUCAAAUAAUACAGAUUUGAGUUUGGCCAGAUUUUCUAAACUUUUUCAAGCUAUGGAUUUUGCUACUAUUUUUCUUGGAAGAUUUACUAAUUCUGAUUUAGUUGAGUUUUCUGAGAAUCUCUUUCACUACAUUUCGAGUUACAUGUUUAAUCCUCUACCCGAUAAACAAAUUCCAAAUUAUUUUGAAGGAGAAAUUAAUGAAAAUAAAUGGAAACAAAUGUUUAUUGCGCCAGAGAAGAGAAGUGAUGCUGAACGAAUUUUUGGAAUUUUUAUUGCUUACAGUCUUUAUUUUGUCCAACCCUCACAAUUUGUUGUUCCAAUCCACGUAACUGUUCCCCAGAUGGAUGAUUUGAACGAAUAUAUGGAAACUGUUUUGUUACCUGAUGAACAAUUUGAUGCUCUUUUUUGUUUAUUUCGUUUAUCAAAUUUAAAUGCUUUUGCUAUUUAUCCGUGUGAUGGAACGUUCAAUCCUUUGUUACACAGACAUUUUCGUUUGCGUUUUGAUCCGGACAAUUUUGAAUUUGAACAGCGAAAGCUUAUGAAUAUGGAUAAUUUUCCUCAUCUUCGAGCAUUAAUUGACAGUCCUUUUUUUAAGGAAGCAGAACAUUUACAUGAGCGUUAUGCUAAAGGUAAACAAGAUAUAGUCAAUCAAGCAUCUACUAGUGGAGGUGAAGUAUUGCCACAAAAUGCCCUGACACAACGAGAUGGUCCAUGCACUUUGGUUACCAAACUUUUAAAUAAAGUUGAACGUUCAUUUGCUGCUGACAACGCUAUUUUGGACAGUACAAAAUCUAACAAUAAUAACAGCUCUCCACCAAAGUCUAAAAGAUCAAAACUUCAACAUAAUUCAAAGCCUUUAUCUUCUUCAAUUAGUUUUGUUGAUUUUAAAUAA